AUGUAUGUGAAAUGGUUUGAUACAGUAAUGUUUUACUAUGUGAUUUUAGUGUAUUUAGUGAAUGUCACUUUUUCACAUUUUUAAAUUUCCAGCCGUUCUGUCCCCCGUACGUUCUGACGUCGCAGGGAAUGGAACCCAGAGGACAUUUCCGGAGACACUGCAAGAGGGACAUCGUGGGAGUGCAGGACAAGGUAAGUGAGGAAGAGAUCCCGGAACAGCGCUGCAGGGUAUUCCCGAGUGUAGCUCCAGGUUACCGCUUGUGCUACACUCGGGAAUACCGCCAGGGAGGUUAAACU